AUGCAAAAAUUGAGAUAUUAAGUCAAUAAUGUGUCUAUACUUAGUUAAUAAAUGUUGAAGUAUCAGCAACACUAUUCGAUGACUUUUAUCUAUUUUCAGUGGUUAUAAAAUUUAUCAGUUGUAUCCUAUAUACAAAGAAGUCAUGUGCUUUUAUCGGUGUUCACGUGUAGUCUAAAGUGUAAUAUCUUACCCUAUCUAAUAAUUCAAUUUUUCAAUUCGCUAUUCUAAAUCAGUGAUUCAGCUAUAAUUAAUACGCCUUAAUAAUUUUUUUAAGAAUCUUUUUUGUGUACUGUUACACGAUAUCUACUAAAAACGUGUAAGUUACACGUGUUUAUAAAACAAAUACAGUGAAUUCAAUUAUGAAAUCGAAACACAUGUUUGCCGUUUUUAUUUUUGCGGGAAGUUUUGUUUUGAGGAGUGUAGUAGGACAAGUUCCUAUCGGACAAUGUACAAAAAUUGACUCAUGUUCUUGCGUAUACGAUGAGGGAACAAUCGUCAAUCUAACAGCUUUGGAAAACACUAAUGGUGUCCCACAUUUUAGUAACGUAUCGGACUCGUCACAUGACUUGUACUCGUGGAAUCCGUGCUCACCAUUUUCACUUGGACCAAACAACACCGAUUGCGUGAACGUUUCGGCGUGCAUGGUACGUAAUGGCUUGCCUUUCCCAUUAUAUUUCGACCUCGGGACCCAGGAAAGUGCUGAAUUUAUGGUAGAUGCAAAUGGAACGUUGAAACUUAUCUACUCAGCUGACAAAGGUGAAUUCAGAAGAAUCACUGAAAUCAGUCUGCUGUGUGUGACAGCUUCAAUAUUUGAUUUGUUCGUAGCCACGGGCGAACAGGAAGAGAACAACAACACUAUAACAUAUAAAUUGUCAUUAACCAGUAAACACGCAUGCGCUUAUGCGCCGAAAAUUACGCCGUCUAAUGAAGUACAACAUUCAGAGCAACUUAGCGGAGGAACUAUAUUUAUAAUAGUGUUAUUCAGUUUAAUUGGUGCCUACGUUGUAUUUGGUGUGGCGUUCCAAGCUAUUAUCAAGAAAGAAAGCGGGAGAAAGCUAUGCCCUAACCACGAAUUCUGGUUCAGUAUUCCUAGCCUGAUCACGGGUGGCUGCAAGAAAGUGACAUCACCUUUACGGUCGUCAGACAAAGGUACCAAGUACGACAGUAUAUAGGAUAGAAGCCUUACUGUGAUAAUGACAUAGAUUGUGUAUUUAUCUAAAUAAAUCAAACGUAAGAAAUGUCAGAUAUUGUCACUUUAUAAAACAGUAACUGAUACUUGCAAGUAGUUUUCAUAGUACUCAAUGUUCAUUGUUUCAUUUUGUUUGAUAUGAGUAAAUGUGUAUGUAAUUUGCUUUAUAAUUCGAUAUUGUUGAGAUCCUAGUUGCCCUUCUUUCAGAUAAUUGCAUUUAUUUUUUAGCAUACAGGUACUAAUGUCGUACAUUAGACUAAUCAGGUAGACUAACGAUGAAUGAAAUUUAAAGUGUUUUGCAAUGUUAUCGUUUAAUUGAGAUUUUUUUCUUGUUUAAGUGUACCGUCGUAUAUUCAUUUAUAGCUCAUUGCUUUGAUGCACAUUAUGGACGUAAAAUAGCAUAUCUUUAUAGAUCAAUUUGUACAAAUGCUGGUCUAUCCAAACAAAGCCGAAAAGUGACGAUUCAUAAUGUUUUGUGCACUGAACUAAUGUCAGGUGUUAUGACAACUGCAAUAUAAAUUUUCCAUUCCCUAUUCAAGCUUCAUUUGGUACAUUAAAACAAAAAUAUUUGCGUGUGGAUAAAUUUAGAAUGAGCAAAGCAUCAUUUUCUAUUUUUUUUUUUUUUUUUUUUUUUUUUGUCAA